AUGAGAGUAACGACAGGCGCACUUGUGGCCGGUCUCUGGCUCGGCCGGGUGUCUGCAAUCCACGUGGCUGAUGGUUCACCUUGCGAGACACUAUGCGGCAACGUACUCGACUCGACGACCAAGAAUGACGUUGUUUGCGACGAACAUUCGUACUCCAGCAGCGCGGCUGGCUCUGUAUAUCAGCAGUGCAUAUCUUGCGAGUUGAGCAGUGACUUUGCGACCAGCACCAACGAGACAGAUACGCAAUGGGCAUUGUAUAACCUCAGAUAUGCCGUUUCUUAUUGCGUCUUCGGCUACCCAGAUAACCCGGACGUCGGUUCAAGCCCGUGUCUAACAAGGACUGCGUGUGAGCCGUUGCAAAAUGCCAUCAAGUACAAUGACUUGGCAUCCAAUGCUACCGAGUAUGAGUACUGCGAUGUAUGGGACCAUAACCAGGUCGCCAGUUGUUCAGCAUGUCUUCGCGCAGGAAACAACAACUACCUGACCAACUUUAUCACCAUCUUGGAUGCCGGAUGCGAACAGAAGCCGGUACCUGGUACCACGGUUUCUGUAGAUGGCUCCCCCUUCUCGAAGACUCGUGUCAACAUCACUGAGCCGACACCUACCAACACAUAUGUUUCAAACUACAACAAGGGACCCAUCAGUCUAGGCGGCAUUGUCGGCAUCGCUAUCGGAGGCGCAGUCCUCCUUCUUGCCAUGGCUGGCUUCUGCAUCGUAUGGAACGGCAAGAGGAGACGUAGGGCGUACCUUAAGCAACUCGAGAUGAGGCAGAAGGGCCCGUCCGGAUGGCCAUCGCCGCUGAAUCUUGCCGGUCUCAACGGCACACCACUGAGCCAGCGUCCGCUGCGAAGCUGGGAUGACACGCCACAGAGCCAGGUAUUCCCACGGACCUACGAUGACUCGCCAAUGAGCCCGCAGGGAGAGAACGCGUUUCCGAGAUACUUUUCGCCGUACUCAUCCCAGUACAACAGUCCGGUCAGCGGUACUGAAGCGCCACAUAUGCAGUGGCCGGCCAACCAAGCAGCCCCAAGCAGUCAACAGCAGGAGAUCGGCCUGGCUUUCGGAGGCGACGAUGCGCAGCACGAUUGGCCUGAGGAUAAGGGUAAGGGGAAACCCGAGGCCUAUGAGCUGAGAGAAGUCGACGGCGAUUGGGAGGCGCGGCAGAGGCAUCCCAGCCCGCCAGUCCUUCAACACCCAGCACAUCCGACAUACGCAGAACACAACCCAGCGGCGUACCACGGGAUGACUGAAGAAGAAUUUAGGAGGAGGUACAUUUGA